AUCGGCGCAGUUGUGAUAAGCACGCUACGGUAAAUCACCACGCGUACCACCUGCAAACAACAACACGUGUGCGCUCCCCACCAUGCGGCGUUCCGCCUUUAAAUACCUUGCGCUCCGCUCACUAUGGUUCAGAAGUGAGUCGUCCGUCACGCUGAACGGAGCUCCUGUGUGGUUGAGCAAUUCACACUCUGAAUCAGUUUUUGGGUUUGAUUUUAGUUAUUUUUGUUUUUAACUAUUAUUUUAUUUUAUUUUUGUUUUAAAUUAUUAUUUUAUUUUAUUUUUGUUUUAAAUUAUUAUUUUAUUUUAUUUUUGUUUUUUUAUCAUUUUUUCGUAUUAAAUUCUUUAAUAAUUAUUAUUUGCUGUUAAUGUGUUUGAUGAUUAAUUUAUUGGUUUUAUUUUAUUUAAUGCAUGAAUUAAGUGAAAAAAAAGGUACACCAAUCGAUUUAAUUUUUAGUCAUUAUUAAAAUAAACGUUUAAAUAUAUUUCAUGGUUUUAAUAAAGUGUCCUUAUAUAUCUUUUUCUCUUUUAUCAGAAGUGACUACGCAACAACCACGCCAUGAGUGACCGCAAUACGGGAAACCCUUUGGGAGAACCUUCAUCAUCAGGAUUGUCCACUUUUAGUUUGUGGAUGAAUACUUUCAGGGACACUAUGACCGAUAUGCUCACGCAGAUAUCCAGUGAAAAUCGCGAAACCAUCAGUGAUAUCCUUAAAAUGGUAAAACCCAACGAAACUUCCGCAGUACGAAUUUCUGAUGUUUAUUUCCCAUCAUAUGACCCUGACAACGGCACAGAUGUUAGGGAUUGGGUUGAAUUGAUAUCCAAAACUCAAAGUGAGUACAAACUUAAAGACCAUGAGGUUCGCCUGAAAGCAGCUGGUGUCCUACAAGGAAGAGCAAAACUAUGGGCUGACGAUUGUUUAUUGAGAACCACAACCUGGGAAGAAAUGAAAACUGAUAUGCUGCAAACUUUCGAACCUGAAUCUAGAUAUUUUUCAGAGAUCUUGAAAUUUCGAAAUUACUCUGUGGAUGCAGCCGCGAGCGUCCCAGAAUACAUCUCAAACGUGUGGCGGAUGUUUAAAAGAAUCGUAAAACCAAAUCCUACAGAACAAGAUGCAGUUGAAUUCGUUAUUGGUAGUAUUACGGACGAGAAACUUCGCACUGAUUUGUUGAAUAGUAAGUCACAGUCUGUUCCAGAAUUAAUCGCCAUAGCAAAAACAAUGAGGAAGCGAAAAUCUACACCGUUGACCCGAGAACAAAUACCGUUCAAAAAAGCAAGAACAGAAAAUGGAGCUCAAAAAACAGAUCAAAGUAUCACAUGUUUUGUUUGCGGGAAAAUUGGACACCGGGCGCGAUACUGCAGUCAAAACGCUAUUGCCAAGUUUAAUGAGCAAAUAAAGGAGAAAAAGAAAGAUUGUACCUACUGUGCUAAACCAGGUCAUACUUAUGAUGUCUGUUUUAAGAGAAUAUCGGCUGAAAAAUCCAUCAAUUUAUGCGAAAAGGAUAAAGCGGAGUAGGCGCAGGGACGCGCCACUCAUCAGAAUGGCCGUAUCGGCGCAGUUGUGAUAAGCACGCUACGGUAAAUCACCACGCGUACCACCUGCAAACAACAACACGUGUGCGCUCCCCACCAUGCGGCGUUCCGCCUUUAAAUACCUUGCGCUCCGCUCACUAUGGUUCAGAAGUGAGUCGUCCGUCACGCUGAACGGAGCUCCUGUGUGGUUGAGCAAUUCACACUCUGAAUCAGUUUUUGGGUUUGAUUUUAGUUAUUUUUGUUUUUAACUAUUAUUUUAUUUUAUUUUUGUUUUAAAUUAUUAUUUUAUUUUAUUUUUGUUUUAAAUUAUUAUUUUAUUUUAUUUUUGUUUUUUUAUCAUUUUUUCGUAUUAAAUUCUUUAAUAAUUAUUAUUUGCUGUUAAUGUGUUUGAUGAUUAAUUUAUUGGUUUUAUUUUAUUUAAUGCAUGAAUUAAGUGAAAAAAAAGGUACACCAAUCGAUUUAAUUUUUAGUCAUUAUUAAAAUAAACGUUUAAAUAUAUUUCAUGGUUUUAAUAAAGUGUCCUUAUA